CAUAUCAAAUUGUCUCUUAUGUGAUUUUAAUCUAAAAUUCAAUCAGUUUGCACCAAAGAAAGGGUACUACUCAGAAACAUUCCAUGUUCAAAUGCUUAUUUCUCCUCAUCUAACUGUUUCAUUUAUUGUUGCUAUAUCAUGUCUUGCAUCAGCAUUCUCUACCCUAUUCGUAACGGAGGGGGUGGGCGAGGUGAAAAAAACGGUGGAAAUGGAGACAAAAACUCCAAAAACGGAGGAAAGCAACGUCGGUGACCAUGUGGUAGUGGAAACUAUACCAUUCUUCACAAAUGUAAUCUCAAAAGUUGAAGAUGCGAUGAAUCUCACACCGUUAAAAGUAGCAACUAUCAUAUCAGCCCAACAUCUGAUUGACUCUGUAAACAACAUCCCGGUCUCAGGCAACCUUCCGCAAGACAAUCUCAACAUGCUGACUAACAUUGUUGAGGAGUUCAACAAAACAACACAAAUAAUCAAACUCACUGCAGAAUAUGUCAAUAUAUCAAGUCAUUAUGUGUUGAACUCCUUAAAUCAAUUGGCGAAAGAGAAUUGUGACAAAGAUUAUAUCGCAACUACUAUGAAAUCUAUCAACGCUAAUUUCUUGAACAUAAUUUCAAACAACGUGAAAGUUGCUGUGAGAGAAAUAACAGAGAAAACCGCACACAGGGAAAUGACAGGUACUGAUGUACUUGUGUCUUCAGCUUACCACAUUGUUCAAGCUUUCCACGAGAUGACAAGUCAAGUGAUGUCUUUGAACAUAGACAACUCUAAAUGUGACCUUCCAAAAACACCACAGAACAGUGAUGAGAUCAUCAUAAUCGAUCUGGAUAAGAAAUCAGGUAGUGCCAAACACGAUGGAAAACAUCAAUCAAUUAAAAAGGAUAAGGCAUUACAUGACAACAAACCAACUUUUACAUUCACCAAUCAUGUGAGCUUGGAUGAUACUUUAACUAUCAAGAAUAAUGACGAAAACACAGAUUUGACCAUUGAAAUCAACCCUCAUGAACCAUUGACCUUCAACAAUAAAGAUAAGGAAUCUGCGAAUCAGCAAGUGGAGAUUCCACAAAGUCUUAGGGUAGCUUUCCUCCCUGAAACAAAAACUACAGAAGUUGGAGAUAAUCAAGAUGAGUUUUUGAAGUUAGGAUCAAAGAAAUAUGAUGAUAAACUAACAAAGAAGAAUCUCCAAAAUCACGGUCUUAAUGAUUUUCUAUCCAUCAACGCUGAAAAUCCUAAAGAGGGACCAUCCGUUGGACUAUUUUCUUCCAAAGAUACAGAAAAUGCUGAAAAUAAAAAGGUGCAGAGUGAAUCAAAUAAAAAUGACCAGCAAAAACUAGAAAGUUUGAAUGUGUAUUAUUAUCCAUUCAAAACAGUUACCCUAAAUAGUCAAAAUGAAAACCACUUGCCAAACUACCUACAGGUACCGCCCAUUGUAAACAAACAUUAUAUUCCCCAAAACUUGAAAACCGAAUCAAAACAUGACACACAUCUGCAAACAUUAAAAGAAAUUAUUGCACCAUUCAAAACAUUCUCCCUUUUUGGAAAUUCAAAUUUUUGGAAUAACAAGAAUAUGAAACCACAACAAAAACAAGAAGACAAAAAAUCAGAAGGAUCUCAAACAAAUUUUAAAAACUUUGAUGAUACUCUGACGAUUGAAAACCUCAAUAGGCAAGACUUGACAGAAGAAGUAUUUUCUCCAGAAGCUUUUGAGCAACAAGGAAAAUAUUUAUCAUCCGGGCAGAAAAAAAGUUAUGUGUCUAAUGUGGACACAAUAAAAUCCUACCCCAGCACAAAAUGGAUGCUUGGAGGUUUCAAAAAUGGCAAUUUAAAACACCAGAGGCACCAUAACCAUUUAAAUAAUAAAAAUAAAAUAAAUUAUCUUGAUAGAGAACUAGCAUCUUCAGCAGAUGGAAAAAUUACAAAAACUAAAUUAAAUGUGCAUGAUGGAUCAACUGUGUUGAUGCCUUGGGACAAACGAUUCUCUGGAAACCAGCAUGCAUCACUGAAAAGACAACAGGAAAAACCAAGAUUAUGUAGCGAAAGAGUUGAACCCAUUUGUGGAGUUGAUAGAAAAAGAACAAAUUUUAUUAUAUUCAUCAAUGACUGUGAGCGAAAGAAUCACAACAUUUUGUAUAAAACAAAUUUUCAAUCUGAAAAUAUGGACACAUGCGUAGGAUUCCUUCUGAAGCAUUCAUCAGGCAAACCAACAAAGUAUGUGAAUAUUAUUCCACAAAAAUGAAUAUACUUGACAAGACAAGCUGUUUCGGGAAAUUCAAGUAAAUUAACUUACAUUCCACUUUCACAUGUAAUAAAAUUAUUAAAGCAAAUUUUUAAUAAACUUAA